AUGUCCGCACUGAAGUCGCUCAAGAGGAAGGCAUCAACGUCCAAGGACGGUCAGAAGAAACGCACUCCCGCUCAGCGACCUUCUCCUUCCCCUAGCGAUGCAGGUUUUGAAGAUCUGGAAACUGGUGAGAAUGUAGAGAGCGCUGACACGCAAGAUGGACUCUACGAUGAUCCUAUGAUAGAUAGACAAGCUUCAGAUGAAUCGGAAGAUGAGGAGGAUGGGACUGUACAGUCAUCUGGUAUCAUCGAAACGGAAAACACUCCAGCAGCUGGCCCGUCCCGUCGACAGCCUUCGAAGAACCUAUACAAAGCACCAACAAUAGAGGAGAUGGAGAAAUUACGCUCAGUAGAACAAUCAGGAGGAACAUCAUUCACUCUCCAACUUUCAGCACUGCUAGAAUCUACUCUUCUGUCCACUACCCCUCAUCCAUCUUUGAAAGGGCUUUUAUCGACUAUUCAUUCCUCCAUAAUCGGGUUACCUUCUUUACCCGGACUGUCCCCUUUGAAGGCUAUCAAACGCAUUGGUGAUGGUGUAAAGAUACCUUUUCCCGGAGGAGAUCAGUGGGAACCUACGAAAGAAAAUGUCAAAUGGACUUUGGGAUGGGAGAAACCAGAAGAAAUCAUCAUCGGCGGAAGCUGGGGAGUCGUAGGUGGUUAUAAAAAGGGUAAAGGUGAAGCCGGGGAAGUUGACCUUGUCGUGAUCAUGCCCUCAAAUCUGUUUAGCCUUAAAGAUAGGAUGGAUUAUCGAUACUUCCACAAGAGAGCUCACUAUCUUUCUGUGAUUUACGCGGCACUUCAAAAAUCAGCGAAGCAAGCUGGCCCUCUCAACGGAGUCACUUUAUCAUGGGAUUCAUCUAUGGGGGACGUCAGAAGACCCGUCAUUGUCGUUACUGCUGGUAAAGAACAAGGGUUGAAACAUCGUCUCCACAUCCGCAUACAUGCUGGUAUCUCUCCUGCUCUAUUCCCUCCAUCAAACUUGUCUCCCUCAAAGUCGCUUCUCCGUAACGAUGUCCCUACGCCCUUGUAUUCAAGCUCCAUUCUCAAUGAUGCUUCACACAAGUCAUAUCUCCUACAUCUUCACCGUUUAUCGCAGGUUCUAAAGCCAGAGAGGACGGUCGAUUCAUACUUAGCCAUUUGGAGGAUAUGGGCAACUCGCCGAGGGAUAAAAAGGGAAAGAGGCGGAUCUGGCUGGUUUGCCAGUAUGAUUUUAGGCUGGGUCGUUGAGGGUGGUGAAAUUGGAGGCGCGAGCGGUGUAAGGGAAAACACCAAGAAAGUCAGAGGCGUGGGCAAAGGCCUAGGCCAUUGGGGUGCGAUUAGAGCUGCAUGGGAAUUCUUGGCUCAUACCAACUUUUCCGAAACCCCUGUUUUCACGAACACCGUAUCUGACGACACACUCCCUCAUUCUGAUUUUACCAAAUCCUUUGAAGAUAUUCUUGUUGACCCUACCGGUAGGUUUAACGUCUUCGCUGGCUGGGAAAAGGGCGAAAUACAAUUACUUCGACACCAUGCUAGGGAGACGUUGGCUAUGCUGGAAGAUGAGAAUACCGACAAAUUCGGAGAAACAUUUCUCAGAAACAGGAAAGUUGGGGUCGAGGUGUUUGAUGAAUCUAUAAAAGUCGACAUCUCACUCGACAACCUCAGAUCGCUGGAAAAUUCAGAGCAUCCAUCUACCAUCGAUAUGGCUGCCCACGCUUUCGCUGGCAUCCUUCGCCAAGGUCUAUCGGAUCGAGCCAAGCUUGUAUACAUAUCGCCUUCCUCUUCAUCAACGCUCGACAUUGGGAUAAUAUACAAUCCCGAACAUGCAACGCGAGUAAUCGACAUUGGGCCGUCAUCAAACUCUUCUCAAGCUCUUAAAGCAGAGGAGUUCCGACAACUCUGGGGUGAGAAAGCAGAACUGAGGAGAUUCAAAGAUGGCAGCAUCGCCGAGUCAGUGGUUUGGGACUUAUCCAGACCUGAGGAAGCAACUCUAAUACCCGGUAAAAUCGUACGAUAUCUCCUCAGAAAACAUUUUGCUAUAUCUGAAGAACAAGUACAUUGCCUUUCAUCUAACGUCGACUGGCAAUCCGUCACUCAAAUACCUGUGUCUGCAAGGAACGCCACUUCCCUUGCGGGCUCAGAAAAGCAAGGAUUCCGACCCACCUUAUCAGCUUACGAUGAAUUGUACAAAUUACUCAAAGACAUCGAUUCCGAGCUUCCUCUAGCUAUUCUCAACGUCACCCCUGCCUCGGAGAUGCUGCGAUACUCCUCAACGUUUGUACCACACCCCAUUGACGUCAAUCGACUUCCAUCUUCACCUACCUGUAUCAACUAUGUACCAUACGCAGACGUCGUGGUUCAGUUCGAAUCAUCGCCUAAAUGGCCCGAUGAUCUUUCCGCCAUUCAAAAAGUCAAACUCGCCUUAUUCGAAAAACUUGCCAAAGUGAUUGAAAGCCGGAUUCCAGCUUCCAAGUUAACCGUUGUUUUCGAUGAAGGAUCAAGUGAGAUCGAAGAUCAUGCAAGUCUGGACAUACUUCUACCUCAAGGUGUAGCUUUUCGUUUGAGGAUAUACCAUGAGAGGGAACGCACCCUGUUACAACGGGUUGUUUAUGAAGACGAACCUGUAUUCGCGACGUCAUUACCCAGACCACCAAGGAAAUUAGCUUCUCCAGCACUGGAAAAACAUAUCAGGUUAUUCAGCUAUUCUACUCAGCAUCAUUCUUCAAUUACACCUCUACAUCAUAAAUAUCCUUCAUACUCCUCGGCUUCUAGAUUACUUAAACGAUGGUUCGCGAGUCAUAUGCUGUCGACACAUAUCUCAGCAGAAAUAGUGGAAUUGAUCAUGGCAAAAGUGUAUCUUGAUCCGGGAUCAUUACAAACUCCAGCUUCCGCAACUGCAGGCUUUGUAAGAGCGAUUACUCUUUUGGCUGAAUGGGACUGGAAGAGUGAAGCUUUAUUCGUACCCAUAUUUUCCGUCAAAGAAGCUGCGACGUCAUCAACGGAAGGAAGGGUGAAAUUUCCGAUUGAGAAGCGAAGCGAAGCGCUGAAAGCUUUCGACAGUCUCCGAAGCAAAGACAAGUCUGAAGGUGCAAAUCAUGGCUGGGUUGUAAUCACUGAGGAGGAUGAAGCUGGAUUGAGAUGGACCCGAGGAAUCACCAAAGUCAUCGCUGGUCGAGUGGGUACAUUGGCAAAAGCUACUCUGAUGGUGGUGAAAAGAUCAUCAGAAACCGGCGAACUGGACGUGAAAUCUCUCUUCAUCACUCCCUUGGAGCAAUACGAUUUCCUCCUAUAUCUCACGCCUUCAACUCUAUCAAAAUACUCUCAAUCAGUGACAGCUAAUUCAGAAGAAUGGGAAGCCAAACUAAAAUUCCGAAAUCUCCAAGCAUCAUCUUCCAACGAUAUUAGAAUUGGGUUCGAUCCAGCUGAGCGUUAUGUAGAAGAUCUCAAGAGGAUUUACGGCGAUGCUGUACUUUUAUUUUGGGACAAGUACGGGGGCAGAGCUAUUGGAGGUAUUUGGAAUCCUUCCAAAGAAGCCUCGAGGUCUCUGAAAGCUUUCUUGGGUUGGAACAGCAAUCCUGUCGAAUCUGAUUCUGCACUUAUCACAAUCAACAAAGAUGCCAUUCUGGCUGAAAUGGUCAGACUGGGUCGGGGCCUGGUCGAGAAAGUGGAAAGGAGGAGAUAA